AUGGGGGAUUUCCAACCAGACACUGGCCAUGUUGACUCAUCGGGGCCGAUACCUAGCCUCCUUGAUGCAACGCUCGACCAGCUCGCCGAUGGCCUAAAAGGCAGGCAUUUCACCAGUGUUGAGCUCACAAAAGCAUAUCUCGCGCGUAUUAAGCAAGUAAACGAGGGAGUUCACGCCGUCGUCGAAACAAACCCCGAUGCGCUCGACAUUGCCAAGAGCUUCGACGAGGAGAGGGCCGCUGGCUCUAUUCGAGGCCCGCUUCAUGGAAUCCCAGUCCUGAUCAAGAACAACAUUGCCACACAUGACAAGAUGGACACAACAGCCGGCUCGCAGCUUCUCAUAGGCGCCACUGUCCCUCGAGAUGCCUUUGUCGCACAGAAGCUUCGUAAAGCGGGAGCCGUGAUCCUAGGUAAAACCAACAUGUCUCAGUGGGCCAACUACCGCGCUCGCGACUACAGCAUCAACGGCUGGUCAUCUCACGGGGGCCAGACACUCGCUCCAUAUCACACCAAACAGCAUCCCUCUGGAAGCUCCAGUGGUAGCGCAGUAGCUGCUGACCUGGGCCUCGCAUGGGCAGCGCUUGGCACCGAGACGGAUGGAUCGAUUGUCUGUCCGGCACAGAGAAGUAGUGUUGUGGGAAUCAAACCUACCGUUGGACUAACAUCCAGGGCUCUUGUUGUUCCAAUCUCGGAGCAUCAAGAUACUGUUGGGCCCAUAGCAAGGACAGUCAAGGACGCAGCGUAUCUAUUACAGGCCAUCGCGGGAGAAGAUCCCCAUGACAAGUACACGGCCGCAAUCCCUCGCAUACCAGACUACCUCGCCGCAUGCAAAAACAUGCUGCCAGGAUCCCGAAUCGGCGUGCCCUGGAAAGCCAUCGAGCAAGGCCUAGAAAAAUACGCACAUAUCGCCUCAGAAGUCCAAGUCUUUAGAGAGACGCUCGCCAUCCUGGAGGCCGCCGGCGCAACCAUCGUCGAAGCCAACUUUGAUUCACCAUUAAAGGACAUCCGCGACGCCGAAAAGAUGAUUAUGGGGGCAGACUUUUACGCCAACGUUGCGUCCUAUCUCGCUCAGCUGACCUCGAAUCCAAACAACAUUCACACUCUCGCCGACAUACGCGAGCAGACGCAGAAACACCCGCUAGAGACGUAUCCGCAGCGCGACACGGGCAUCUGGGACGACAUCAUCUUUGAGCAGGGGUGGGGCAAUACUGAUCCGAGAUUCCAACCGGCUUACGAGCGUCUCCAGGAACUUGGUGGCCCGGGCGGUCUCCCAGGAGUCCUGGCCAAGCAUAACCUGACCGCGGUGGUGAUGCCCACAAGCAUAGCUGCGGUGUGGGCCGCCGUGAUAGGAGCCCCGGCCAUUACGGUGCCGAUGGGGCAUCACUCGGACACGGAGCCGGUGCACGAGGAUGGUGAGUUGGUGGAAACGGGGCCGGGGAUUCCUUUUGGAGUGACUUUUAUGGGUGCUAAGUGGUCUGAGGAGAUUCUGAUCGGGUUGGCAUUUGGAUAUGAGGAGAAGACCGAGGUGAGAAGCCGGCCGGUGAAGAGAGUGGUUGUACCGACGGCAGAGAUAUUAUUGGCAUAA